CAUAAUGAAAGAGUUCAAAGUAUGAACUUAAAAACUACCAAGAUUUGUUUCUUUAAUCACCAGUCAUACAGCCAUUAUUACUCAUAAUAAUAAUAAUAAUAAUAAUAAUAAUAAUAAUAAUAAUACAUUAGCAAUUAUUUUUCUUUUGCUAAAAUAACAUUUUCAGAUUUUGUCGUUCAUUCAUCGUAGUACAACAUAAAAAAGGCUUCAAAAUGUGACCAUAAUGUUCCCUCACUCCACUACUUUCAAAUACUUUCAAAGGCAAUAACAGUCAUGUCGAUCAGCUGACAGAUGUACCUCCUCUACUGACUGUACUCGCAGCAGUUCUUUAUAACGCCGUCACAGUGUCAAAGCUGAGAUGAGUAGCUUUACAAUUCACGCAGCUUGAGGUGUUUUUUGGCUGUAUUCGAUCAUAACCUCUCACCUGCUGCUUUUUUCUUUUUAGCGCUUUGUCUCUCUGACCAUGAAGACCAGCGAGUGUUCGUGUCCUUGUUGCCUGUCAAACAGACGAGGCUAAAAUAUCAUGCUCCAUUUAACCUGUGGCUGUUUUCUGAGGGAAUGACAAACAGCCAUGACUGCUCGCUGUUGCAUAGCUACACGAUUGUGUGCUCUCGCCCACACAAACACACACACACACACACAAACCCUGGCCAAGAAUAAUACUCCUCCUCCACUUCCUGCCUUAAGCAAUCAAUGUUAAAACUGACUUUUCUUUUUUAUAAACAAACAACAUUACAUGUUAACAUCUAGUAACAUCUUACCAUAUGCUUGUGUGUGUGUGUGUGUGGGGGUGUGUGUGUUAUGUAUGUGUUUACUGAGCAUGAGUGUGUCAGCAUGAAUUUAGAUAUGGCAGCGAGAGCCUCGGGAACAGCAAGCUGUCAGCUGCCUCUGUUCUCCUCCGCACACACCAAAACAUUUACAGCAUCGACUUCAGCUCCAAUCCACUGUUACCGUUCUCAGAUGAACAAACUGGGCUGAACGUGGUGAUGGAUUGGUUGGCUGAAAAUGGAGAUAGAGAUGCCAGGGACUGACAGAUGGAACCAUAUUAGGCCCCGCCAUUCUCUGUGGAUCAUUUGAGCGAUUCAGGGCUCUGGGAAAAAAAGACAGCGCUGGUGGUCCUCACUGUUCAGCAGGAUGAGUGAGGCGGAGGGCCAAUUCUACAGCGUUCAGGUGGGAGACUCCACCUUCACUGUACUCAAGCGCUACGAACAGCUCCGCGCCAUCGGCUCCGGGGCCCAGGGCAUCGUAUGCUCUGCUCUAGACACAGACCUUGGUAUACCGGUGGCAUUGAAAAAGCUGUGUCGGCCCUUCCAGAACCAGACCCAUGCUAAGCGUGCCUACAGGGAGCUGGUGCUGCUCAAAUGUGUCAAUCACAAAAAUAUCAUCCGUCUGAUCAAUGUGUUCACGCCUCAGAAGUCCCUGGAGGAAUUCCAGGACCUGUAUCUGGUGAUGGAGUUGAUGGAUGCCAGCCUGUGCCAGGUGAUCCACAUGGACCUGGACCAUGAGAGGAUGUCCUAUCUGCUCUACCAGAUCCUCUGUGGCAUCAGGCACCUGCACUCUGCUGGCAUCAUCCACAGGGACCUAAAGCCCAGUAACAUUGUGGUGAAGUCAGACUGCACUCUAAAGAUCUUGGAUUUUGGCCUGGCUCGGACGGCCUGCACUAACUUCAUGAUGACCCCUUACGUGGUGACCAGAUACUACCGCGCCCCAGAGGUCAUACUGGGCAUGAAGUAUAAGGAGAAUGUGGACAUCUGGUCAGUGGGGUGCAUCAUGGGAGAGAUGGUAAAGGGCAGCGUCAUCUUCCAGGGCACUGAUCACAUCGACCAGUGGAAUAAGGUGAUUGAGGUUCUGGGCACGCCCACUCUGGAGUUUAUGAACCGGCUGAUGGAGACGGUGAGGAACUAUGUGAUGAACAAGCCGCAGUAUCCUGGACUCAGCUUUGCCGACCUUUUCCCAGACUGGGCCUUUCCUUCUGACUCAGAACAUGACAAACUGAAGACAGGUCAAGCACGGGACCUGCUGUCCAAAAUGCUGGUCAUUGAUCCUGAAUCCCGCAUCUCCGUAGAAGAAGCCCUCAAUCACCCCUACAUUCACGUGUGGUACGACCCAGGAGAGGCCGACGCGCCUCCUCCCCAGAUUUCAGAUAAGCAGCUGGAAGAGAGAGAGCACUCCAUCGAGCACUGGAAAGAACUCAUUUAUGAAGAGCUAAUUGAUUGGGAAGAGAGGAACAAGAAUGGACUGAUGAAAGAAGACUGCUCAGAUGUGGUGUCAGGUUCAGCGUCCCAGUCCUCAUCAGCCAACGACAUCUCGUCCAUGUCCACGGAGCACACCUUAGCCUCGGACACAGACAGCAGCAGUAUCGACACACUGACAGGACCGCUGGACGAGAGUCAGUGAACACAGUCCAUGGCCACAUGUGUCCACCUGCCUAAGUCCUCCCAUUUACAAUAUCAGUCAACCAUCACCUUCCUUUCUUCUCUUUACUCCGUCAUCACGGUUUUGUCCUAUGCUUUUCGUCUUUCCUCUUUAACCUCAAAGAAUAGGUCUAUUUUUCUAUUUUCUUUGUGUGUGUGUGUGUGAUCUGGUGGAUCUUGUUAAACCUCUUCAAUAUGAAACUCUGUUUUGGACUGCUGCCUGCAGGUCAAAGCUGUCUGUUCUGUCUGUUGAGUCAAAGGUUUCUCUUUCUCUUCUUCGUGGAUAUCGUUUACCUUCAUCAAGUAUAUAUGAAUCCAUAUUGAUUUUCAGGUUACCAGGAGUAGGUGGGGGGUUGUUGUUUGUUCCGUAUGCCUGUAUUUUAAUAGUUUUAUUUUUUUAGCGAAUAUUACGUUGAGUCCAGAGGUUAUCAAAUUAGAGCAGACGCACUGAACAUAGACCGCGGCUGCCAUCUGCUCUCAUGCAUGUAACGCCAAUACGAACAAAAGCUUACCAAAAGUGGAUCGCACCAAUCGUCCCAUGAUCAAACACUAAUCCAAAGUUGGAUCGAUCCUUUUAGCUAGCUCGCAGUAUUGCAGACCUCCACAGCGGUGCUCUCUGCACUGUGUUUUUUAAUUAAUUGCCUUGAGUGAUGUGGAUUUUGAGCUUUUCCUCGUGACAGCUGGAGAAAGCUGUGGUUGCAGUGUUACAUUUGUAUUUCCUGAUGUAAUGCACUGUAUGUAAAGAUGUCACGAUCGGGCACUCGUAGUGACUGUAGACCCUUUCAUUACUAAUAGAUAAGGUGUGCUCGUUAAGAAGUUCAACAUAUCUGUAGAACUAUAUAUCGCACCCCCAUUGGACAUAAGGUACCGACUAACAAUGUGUAUAUCACAAGAACAUCAUAAUCCUGUAAAUUUAGGAGAGGCAAAAAGAUACAUGUAGUAUUUAUUUUUGUGUUCUUGCAAAAAUGUUGCACACAAUCUCAUCGAGGCCCCGUGUGAAAUCAGCCACAAAUCAAUGCAUUGGCUGCUCCUUUUCUAAACCAUUCCAUUAGUACCGGAGCAGUCACCAAACUCAUCAUGAAUCAGACUUCCUGUAGACCUGUAGAACAUGUAAAGGCAGUAAAACACAAAUAAUGGUGUUUAACUUGCAUGAAGGCAUUAAAGAUGCCAAUAAGAUACCGUAGUUCUUGUUAUAAAGAAAAAGUCCAUUCAGGUCAUUUCUUUUGUUCACUUGUAGUACCUCGAUGUUCUUGGUUCUGAACGCCUGUUUGAUGCAGAUGUUGUAUUUUGUUUUGCCUUGUAAGCCUUUAUGUGUGUUUGUAUUAUGAAAAUCUUCUGCAGCGCUCUCCUUCAUUAUCUCCUUUGAAUGGUUCUUAAAGACGGCAGUCGCCUGGUUGUAAGGGCAAAGUCUAUGGAGGAAGUCGGCCCCUCAACAGAAAGCAGACAUGCGGUGGUUUAAAAUGAGGAUGCGUCUGUGGAGUCCUAAAUGAAAAUCUGGACCAUGGAACUGAAGAUGGAAAGUUAAAGAUGAGAGAAAUGGACAGUGGAGCUGCUUCUUGCAGAACUGAUAGCACAGUGUGAUGGACAUGCAGAAAUGUAACACUAUGGAGUCACCGAGGACUUAACUGUUGUACGCUAUAUUUUCCUUUAUAAAAGAAAAACAUGAUUAUUCUUUCAGUCAUGCCUUAAAUGACCUGAGGUGUGGCCUAUUCACUCAAAUCUUAUGAGAUAAGGACUGAGCAUUACAUUGCUAAUGACUUCUUUACCAUGUUAAAAAAGAAAAGAAAAAAGUCUCCAUUGUAUACACUGUGCAUCUCACAUUUUUGUUCAGUUUAUUUCACCUUUUAUUGUCAGAGAUGUCCUGUGUGAUUGCAAUGACCACAAUAUAAUCACCUGGCCAACAUCUUUUGCCCUUACGUAACUAAUAAAGUGGACAUCAGUGAUCCA